AUGUCAGAAAACGAUCCUUGGUCCCCAACGUUGUUCAAUGAUAUUGUGCAUAUUCGUAAACCGAAUUCUAUCAGAAACACUCCACUACCAUCGAACUACAGACUAUCAUACCUGGCAUUGUACGAGGCACCAGGAGCCAAGUAUGUUGCCAUGUUGAAAAGACUCACCCUAAGCUUUGCCGUUUUGGGGUGCUACGGAGCUAAGCUCUUCUACGAGUCGGUCCAGUUUGACGAUAUUUAUGCCAUUGCAACGUUGAUUUCUUGCACUGCGCCCGCAUACUUUGUACAAAUUAAGACCCGGGACUACGUGACAAGGAUAUUCAGGUUAUACGACAAGGAGAAACCCCAGACACUUGAAAACUUGUUGGCAGACGAAAAAUUGAUCAUGGAAAAAUUAAAUGCUACCGGGGGAAAGACGUACAAUGAACUUUUGACAAUCACCGACAACAAGUCAUUGAAGCUCGUAGAUCCACCACGGUUUCCUUUAUUGAGCCCAUAUGCAUCGUGGGAGGAAGUGGAAAAGGAAUCUGGUGUGAAGAGAAAAUACUUUGUUGCUGAUGAUAUUGGUGGGUUGAAAAUGGACAGGCUUUGGGGCAUUGUUGAGCAUAAUAGUAAGGUAGAUAACGGGAGAUAUAUUGAGCCGGAAGUAUCUACUGAUAAAUAA